GUGUGAUGAAGUUCAGAUGCGCGCCGUUGUUCCGCACGCGCGUCACCGUGGGCAGAGAGAGGAGCUUCCCGACGCGGAGGGGAGGAUGGAGAGACGUGCGGAUCACGACACGGAGAGCUCUUCAGCCUUCCUGCACAGCCCUCCCUUCGCCCGUUAAUUGACGCCGUCGUACUUUUUUCUUUCCCCGACCCCCGGAUAUGUUUCCGCCCUUUGUUUGAGAAGUAACCGAGCCGCGCGCUGGAAAAGGAGACCCCGUCGUUUUUGGCGUCCGUGUCUCCCAGUGGCGAGGCUCCCCCCGCGCGCUGCCUGCGUGGACCAUAGACCCCCCCCCACCUCCCUUCCUCCCUCUGCGUUUAUGUUGUAGUUGAGGCUGCGUGCGUGUCGGAUCCGGGAAAUGUUGGCAUGGCCGCCUCGGGAGCACAUAAGUGUCCGAAGAGUGAGAAGUUGGACGAGGCGCAGGCUCUGGCCAAGAGCUGCGCGGGGAGACCAGACUUCCUGCCUUGCGACGGGCUCUCCAUCUGCGCGACGCACAGCCACGGGAAGUGCUUCAAGCUGCACUGGUGCUGCCACCUGGGCUGGUGUCACUGCAAGUAUGUCUACCAGCCCAUGACCAACGUGUGCCAGCUGCCCAGCACGGCGGUGCCCCCUGUGGGCUCGGAGUGCAGUAACACCAUCGACCUGUCCGUCUCUCUGGCCGAGCGCUUCCUGAAACUCGCCCCCUGCUUCCAGUCCCCGCCCCACCUGGAGUCGCCCAAGUACUGCGUCAUCGCCGACCUGUUCGUGGACGACUACAUCGUCAAGCGCAUCAACGGGAAGAUGUGCUACGUGCAGCGCCCGCCGCCUCCCUUGCCCGAGCCCCCGCGGCCCCCGACCCCUCCCCCGCCCGCCAUGCCUCACGUCCCCCAGAACCCCGGUCCGCCUCGGCCGCCGGCCAAGCCGGCGCCGGCGCCAGCGCCGCCCCAGCAGGCGCCCGCGCCGGCACAGCCUGCGCCGCCUGCGCCGCCGCCACAGCAGGUGUACAGUGAACACAAACACCUCUCCGCCGUGGAUAAAAUAAAAGGCCCGAAAAUGGACCACUGCUCCUCUCCGUCCAGCUCCGAGGACUCCGGCAUCAACGCGCUGGGCCUGCACUACCUGGAGUCCUGCGAGGAGGAGAGCGAGGAGGAGGAGGACGACGAGCUGAGCACCGACGGGAACUCCAGCCCCGGCAGCCUCUGGGAUCAGGACGACUGCUCGCUGCUCUCUCCCUCCAAGUCCAUGAUAGAGAUCAUCGAAAAGAUUGAAACAACUGUUUAACUGGCAGGGCGUCAUGGUGGCCACCUGUGGUUGAAUACGAUCCGUGGAGCGGAGAUGCAUUCCCGACAAUAGCAGUGGAGGAUUUAUUUUACAUCGACCAAUAGAAAACCGGCGUCCCCUUCGAUGCAGUGGCAGGGCUUUGUCAGCUUGCUUUGAGUUGCAUUUCUUUUUCCUGCAGGUGACCGAGGACUGUGCGCAGACGGUCUCUCACAGCCUCUCUUCAGUCCACUUCCCCUGCAUGGAGUCAGUCUCUAGAACUUAUUAUAAUAAAGGACGAAGCACAAGAACAUCCGAGUACAUGCACAGUGGGACCAAAAAGACCUUCUGUACGCGGUUAUGCGGUGAAACGUGGGGGGAAAUCCGAGGCUGUUUCGUGGCACUUGUCUUCAGACAUACAUUACAGGAGCUAAAUUAUAUAUGGAUGGAAGCAUUUUCAAUGUGGUUCAUGAUGAUAAUGAGCUGUUAGGUAAUUCACAGCAUCAGCCCGUUACGCUGCAGUCGAAUUCAAACUUUGAAGUGGCAGAUAAGCACGCCGUUCCUUCUUCUCUGGUAAUUCUGACACUUCAUCGUAAUAACUACAAGGCCAGCUACCUCUCCUGGGCCUAAAGCACAUCAGCCUUCUAACCUGUUAAUUACUCAGCUCCGAGCUGCUGGGACACACCUGCUUUUAUCACGUUUACGACAAAAAAUAAAUAAGAGCGAGAGAGAGAUUUCUGGCCCACAGUUUGUCUGCACUUUACUUGCACCAUCACAGUCAGGCAGGCAGAUCAGUGUUUGACAAUCAAGGAUUACACAGAAGCACAUUUCUAUACUGUACCUGCCGCAGUGAGGACCAAGGCUACCCCCAUACCUUCUGAAACCAUUUAUCAGACAUUAGCAUAUUAUUCCGACCGCCGUUUCUGGUCAAGCUGAACCGAACUGCCGAGCUGUCUGAGGUUAAAUGGGGAGUUUGAAGAAAGGACGACUUGCAGUGACCUCUAUUAGCAGCCAAGAAAUUAAAGCGAGGAAGUCCCUGGCUUAGACGGUGACAAACUGUGGAUUGAUGUAGCCACAGUAGAGAUCAGUAUGGCUUAUAACGCAGCGGGAAUAUAUCUAAUAUAUACAUAUAAGCUUAUAUAAUAAUGAAAACUGCAUUGUUAUCUGCUUUUGGGGGCUUUGGAGAGUGAAUUAUCUAUUCAUGAAAAGGGAGUUUGGGAAAAAUGUUCAGGUUAGGCUAGACUAGUAUGUCACCGUUAUUUUGUUUGUGCUGUGGGGCAGAAAUUGUCACUUAAUGCACCUUUAAAAAAAAAAACAGGAUUAGAGUACAAGAUAGGAUGCUGAAUACAUGUUGUGAUGUUGUGAUUGACAUGA